AUGGCCGAGAUCACCGCUUUAGAUGCCCUGCAAGCUUUCCACCAAGGGCUUCUAUCAUUACGCGAAGGUCGCGUCGAAGGCGCCGAGGCUCUCAACAACGAAUUCCUCGUCCAGGUUUUCGAGACGGAGCUAGGCAAGCUCUGGGAUAAGCCGGCAAGGAACGAAAAGAACCGAAAUGCAGUCACGUCUGGCAAGGUUGUCAUUGACGGAGACGAGUACUCGAUAAACGAUGGUUUCCAGCAAGAUGUCCUCACCCUAUCCGACGAAGUCGAGCUUGACGAACUCGAGGCUACGCGAUGUGUCCUCGAAUCGCAAGAAGACCCUUCCACGUUGGGCCGAUCCCUCCUCGAAUGCGCCAUCAUCCGAUUUCACCAGCAGCGCAAGUAUGUUCUAGAUAUUGUGCGGCUGCUCCUCGAGAUAGACGGCCUCGAUGAAGACAUGGCCGAUCCCGAAGCGCUCGAGAGUCGAAUUGUGCCCAGGUGCAUGGCGUCCAUGAGGGAGAUCAAGGCAUGGCUUCAGAAGAUUGGGGACAAGAUCGCCGCCGCCCAAACACUUGGACAAUCAACGAAUGGCAUGUCUGAACAGAUGGAGACAAUCGAGUUCUCCCGAGUCAGUCUGAUUCAACAACACGAGCUCGUGGGUGUCAUCCUCUGCCGAAGCGUCGAGAUGAGGCAGGGGUCAACAGCAGAUUUUCUUGAUUUUGUGGCAGCUCUUAAGAGGAUGGACAAGUAUGAUGCUCUGCUGGUUCAUCUUAUUCCGUCAAUUGGAGCGUACAUCUCAGUUUUUGGAUCUGCUGAAGGAGGAUAUGACUUGAUCAAGGCUCGCGAGCUUCACGGCAAGCUCUUUCCCGCCGACGAUACACCAUGGCCACUAUCGCAGCUACAUGCAGCUUUCCGCUCUUGGUGGCUUGCGGAGUACAGUGGCUUCUAUGUUGAUGAUCCUCCGGAGGCUGCGAUUCCUCCCAAUACUGACUUGGACGAGGAGGACCGUCAGCGAUCAAAGCUAUUCCUAGAGGCUCUCAAGGAUGGGUCCUUCGAUUUUCUACUCUCCAUCGCUGCGGAUGUCAAGUCUCCAGAUUGGCAUGACCCCGUCAGAGCAGGCAUGCGCAAGUGGCUGCAGCGAAAGUCUCCCGCCUUAGCACCCGAUGCCAUUCCAUUUUCAGAGUUCUUUCAGGCAACGCUCAUGCUUCAGCUCGAGGUGUUCGUUGACGCAUUUAUCUCUAACCUUCCUGAUGUGCUCCGAAAGCUUCGCGUGGAGGAAGAUGAACAGCGCCAGUCGAGCCAGACGCACGAGCAAGAUCUAGACCUGGAACGAUUCUUGCUCGUCAUUGCCUACUCAUAUGAAGGCCGCCCAGAGGCUGCUAUGAACUUCUGGUCUGACCCGGAUAGUAACCUGGCCGGAUUCAUGCACUGGGCUUCCCGAAGAGCCUCCACGCCUCUGGUGACCGCGUUCUGUGAGAUGCUUCAGGCCAUUUCAGAAAACGAAGAAUGUGCAUCCGCUGCGCAUGAGUUUCUAGUCGAUGAAGGCCAUCAUUCAUCAGGAAAGAUGCGGAAAUCGCAGUCUCUGACCUGGGCGCAGAUUUUUAGGGAACUCGACUUCUUCUCCGCCAAGAUCAGACAAAAACCAACUCCAACUCAGACGAUACGAUAUCGAAACGACAAGCUCAGCAGCGAUCAGGCGGAGACAGAACCCGAAUCAGCCAUGAUGCUUGAGUGUUACCUUCGUUUAAUGUCGAAGCUAGCCAGCGAAAGUGAAACGACACGGCACUUCCUCCUUCACAACCCUAAUUACAACCUCGUAGAGACCCUCUACGAGCUCGCAAGCAGCCCGAUUCCUCCCCGACUGCGCGGCUGCACCUUUAUGGCUCUACGAGCAUUGAUGGCACGCAAGUCGCUCCAGGAAGGCCAUGUGAUGUGGAGCUGUCUGGAUACAUGGAUCACAGGGGGUUACGCUUCUCAUGCAACAGGACCUCAUCGUCAGGCCCAGCAAUCGCCGACUGUGUCCAUGGAUCGGAUCUUUGAUGAAAUUAGCAAUGGAUUCGAGGAUCCGGAAUCCUUCAUUCAAUUAUUGCUCUCUUUGGUCUGUCCGGCCAUUGACAGCAGCCCCUUGAAUGACGGGCUCCCCUUCCCAGAAAACCUUGGUUCUGCAUUCCGCAUGCCCGGUAUUGAGGUUUAUGUCGACUUUGUCAUGGGCCUUGUGUUGGCCACGAAAUCCAAUGAUCUUCAGGACGCGAAUCAAACUCGGGUUCUCCGUCUUAGUUGCCUCGACUUCAUCCUCAUCUGCCUGACCACAUUCAACGAGGACUUGAUCAUCAUGGCCAACGAAACAAAUAUUAACGUCGAUGCAGUCAUCUCGACUACCGAUCUGGCAACAUAUGUACGCAUGCAUCCGUUUGCGAGGGUGAUGGAGUGGAUGUUCAACGACAAAGUGAUGACGGCACUUUUCAACACGAUACAUCAGGAGCCUGUUGAUGUGGGAAAUGCCGCUCCUGACUCACCCUUGAUUCUCGGUAUCUUGCGUGCUGUCGAGGUUAUCUCCAAGGUUCUCGAUCUACAGGCCACCUACCUUGAGCUCGUCCGACCCAUUCUCAAGGCCCAGUCCAGCCAACGUCGACCGCCCGUAGCGAAUGCUGCCUUCUCUUCCUUCGAAGAUGGUCUCGUCACUAGACUGAAUCUCGUUGUUGAUUUAGGAAACUACUGUGGCAUCGGACACCCCGAGCUUACACUGGCAUGCCUCAAGCUUCUCGAGAAGAUGUCUUCUUCAUCCAAGAUCACCGCGAUUUGGUCAGGAUCUAACAGACAGGCUCAUCGCAACAAGGCCAUCGUUGCUCUGGAAGCUAACGGUGAGCAUGAGGCGAUUUCUCGAUCCUUCGUCUCAGAACUCAUCACCCCGUUGGAGGCCGGCCGAGAGGCAGAUUCGCCGGCGUACAUCACCAAAAUUUACAUCCUCGACUUCCUCUACCAGUGCCUUCAGGAGACUCCCCGGAAGCCCACAAUUGCACACUUGCUACUUGGCUUCAAGUGCAGCAUUGACUCUCUGUCGAUUGAUGCUAAGGGCUCUUUCGCUUCCAGAACGUCCUUGUUUCACACUCUCCUGAGGUUGCUCCUGGAAGCUCCCUCAGGCGAUGCUCAGGGGAUGCGACAAUGGCUCGUCGCUAUCAAGUCCAGAGUGAUGCGCAUUCUCCACAUCCUCUGGAGCUCGCCCCUAUCUGCUCCUAUUGUGGUCGAGGAACUACGCGAAAACGAGAUUCUCUUCCACCUCCUUCUCCGUGAGGUUGUCAUCAAUCCGGAUCUACCAUGGGAGGGAGAGAAUGUUGCCGUGGUUCACUUCCCAGUGACUGAAGGCGCAGUGACCCUGAUCGACUUCAUGGCGCUCCGGAGGAUGGGUCUGGAGUAUAUCGCUAUGGAGCUUUGCAGCAUCUCUCAGAGCCGCAUGCCGAGUCUCAAGAGGCGAAUCUUUGAGGCUCUGAAUGGCCAGAUCAUAGGGGAGGGCAACGCCCCAAUCCAAAUACCUACCAUCUUCGACCUCUACGAUUUCCUGCUCCCAGAAGGCGCGUGGGAGAUUCCUCUACCCCCUCUCCAGUACUACAAGGAUAUUGAUCUGUCAGCAUGCCUGGAGAAUGAUGCCGACUCAAACCCCAUCUACAACCUCGAUCGCGUCAAGGAAAUCCUGCUCCUAAAACGUGGCGAGGCUCAGGGGUCAGGGGCGCUGGUUGCUGCUCAGGACCUUGCCGCUAUCGAGCGAGAAGAGGCUAUGAUUCUUGAGUACCUUGUCUCCUCCAACCGGCAAAAACAGCUUUCCACUCAGAGCCUGAAGGUCCUGAAGACAUGGACGAAGCUGUUGCUUGUCAUGAUUGAAUCGAAUGACUUCAAGGGCUCUGCUCAGACAUCCUUCUUCUUGCAAGCGCUCCAGUCGAUUCUCCCCAGUCUUGAAGCCUUCGCGUCCGAGCGACCAGCUGAAGCCCUCGAGCUUGCAAGGCUCGCCAAGAUUCUUCUCUUCAAGCUCGACCUCUCGGCGCCCGCUGAGGACAAGCAAGGCUCGGCAAUUGGCAAUCUAGUGAGUGACAAGCUUUACCAGCUUUUCCAGAUUUGCCUUCAGGCCAUUGGCAAAUGGGCUGGCACACCAGAGCUCAGGUCGGUCUACUACGGCAUCUGCUACCGCUACCUGGCGGGCAUGUCUGACCAAGGUGCUCUCACGUCCAACCGCCCCAAGACCAUCAAGACUAUCCAGGUGUAUGGCGAGCGGCUGAUCAACGUCAUCUGUGAUGAUGCCUAUGGUGGUGAAGCGCAGUGCCAGACAGCAGCCCUGAUCCUCCUCAACGCCUUGGUCAGUAUGGGUCGUCAGGAGAACGAGGAUCAUGUCGUCGAAACUCUGAACCGACUAAACUUUAUUGGAAUCCUGGUCGAUUCACUACGCAACAUCAUGCACGAGUGGCACGAGGUCUUCGGUUCCAACAACUCGGAGCAGGAGAAUUAUCAAAACGCACGCCUCGCGCUCCUGUUGGAGCUAUCGCAGACUCGUUCUGGUGCGAAGUACCUUCUUCACUCCAACCUCUUCAGAGCACUCGAGCUCUCGGGUCUAUUCACGGCAGACCCUGAGCUCCAGAUCAACACGGCCAACCCGCGUGCCCUCGAGCAGCACUACGAUCUUCUCGCCCAGGUUGUGCGCAUUAUCGGCGCCGCGCUCGUGAGUCGGGGCAGCCACAACGUGGUGCAGGGCCGCAGGUUCCUCUCUGAGCAUCGCAUGCUCGUGACACACUCUCUCAAGCGCAGUGCAGGCAUCGGCAGCGGUAAUGCCGACGAUGGUCUGGACUCGAAGAUUGAGGAGUUGGCAGAGGGUCUGAUGGUUAUCAUUGCGGCCACUCGGUUCCUUGAGUUUGAGAACGAGGUCAUCCCCGAGCCUAAGCAGCCGACCCAUGGACUCUUCCAUUAG